AUGUACGAUAAACUUGUUCUUCCAUGGGAUGUGAUGCCUCCUAUCACGGCUUUCUCUUCAUCCGAUUUUGUUCGAUAUGAAUGGGAUCGUGAUGGUAUCCUGAGCAAUGGUAGCACAUUUUUUGGUCAAAGUGACGAAACCUCUUUAGAUGAAUUGGAAAGAGGAUUGGCAACAUCUAGCAUGGUCACACGUUGGAGAAAUGCAAAUCCUGAUCUGGCAGGAACCGACAAAGAUUGUGUGCGAGAUACAAUGAAGAAGCUCAAAGAAGCGCUUAAUGGACAGGAGACCUUCAUACAAGGUUCCGGAACUGUACUUCUACUGUUUAAGAAGCAGUCAUCUUGA